AUGUACCGGAGUCUGUCUACGUUGUUAUUGGUCCUGUAUUACGCAACGGUAGUGCAUUGGUUCGGUAUUCAGUUCGUCCAACCUUGGCCAGUAUGUCCUGCGAAUGAUAAUCGCCUGCUGUCGCUGUUCAAUUUCCUCUGCAACGCAACACAAACGAUGUCGAUCACAACGCGUGAUGCUUGCUACGGUUGCUUCUUUCGUGCCGGAUCUCUGGCGGCCGGUCCCGCACAACUGUCUGCCAUCAGCCAAUGUGCCACUCUGUAUCUUCUAAACAGUAGCUAUGCCAUUUGUGCAACUAACUUAGCGGCUAUCGUGACGGGCUUUCGUCCUGCGGCCAUCAUUCCGGAUGGUUCGCUCCGUUCCAACUGCUACAGUGGACACUGCGAGUUCGUUCAGUGCAUCCGAAGGAUCAACGGAAACCAGCUCAUAAACGAGUGUAUACUGCAAACGCUGGUAAACCGGGACCUAAACGUUGAAGCUCAACGGGUCGGAUUCUACGUGAACACAACGUCCUGCAUUUUGGCGCGAGUUCGAUGCGAUCCGUACAAUCCGAUCACGGGAAAGCUACAGCAAGCUACUGCCUUGGCUGGUGCUACUCCUGGAACGCUCCGAGAGCGGACUACCACCAACGCGCUGCAAAUAUCAUUCUCCGGGGAUAUCCGGGUGAUCUCCUUCCCCGCCAAAGUGUCAGUCAGUGACGCGUUCUGUUCCGCCCGCACUCUACUCGAUCAAUCCACCUUCACCAAUUCUGUUUGUUAAGAAUGGGCUAUCGUCGUCUGAAAAUCCGAAACAGCAGUAGGGGUG